CGUGGAGUUUCCCGAGAAAGCCUGUACAUACGGACCACAGGCAGUAUAUAAAAAGAAGCUGAGCGUACGGCUUUCUGACAUACUGACGGACACGACAUACUGACGGAGACUGUCCUGCUCCAGAAUCAUCACGUCUGGUCCUUGAACGCACCAUCCUUCCCUGACUGGAUCCUCAGAAAUGGCUCAAUCCAGACCUCUCCUCAUUCCAUGGCUGAGGACAAAGCUUGACAGCGGCAACUAUCCUGGUGUUAACUGGACAAACCCUGAGCGGACAGAGUUCUGCAUCCCAUGGAAACACGCUUUGAGGCAAGACUCAACCAACACAGACGUCCUUAUCUUCAAGGCCUGGGCGGAGGUCACUGGCAAUGGCCGGGCUCAGGGAGACGCCUCAGUCUGGAAGAGGAACUUCCGCAGCGCCCUCAGAGCCAAAGGCUUCAAAAUGAUCGCUGACAACAAGAAUGAUGCUGCCAAUCCUCACAAAGUGUUUCGCUGGCCAGAUGAGUCAAGGUCAGGAGCAAACUCCCAGGACCAAAAUGAUCCUGAUUUGUUUGAGGAUUUCCCUCUCCCUGUACAAGAAGUUGUCCCAGACUUUGAGGGAUGCAUCUAUCUUCCUGAAGACAGUCUAUUUUCUAAUGAUGCUGCUCCUAAACAGGAUAUUCUUGAGGAGUGUCUAAAAGGACUGAACAUUGGCCCUGAAACAGAGGGCAUGGCAGGCUUUGAGCCUCCUCCUGAGCAACAGCAGCUACAAAAUCAGGUUGUGAUUGGAGGACAUGUGUUGCGUGGGCAACAGCAGUAUCCAGUACCGUUUGAGGGAGCAGUCGGUGAAGCUGGGUUGCCAGAGCAACCAGCACAUCCAAUGGAGGGAGCUGUGGGAGGGGCCUGCAGUGAUCACGCAGAGCAGUUUCUACAUACUAUGAGCCAGACCAAUGAUGGAGAUCAUUUCAAGACUCAGUUCAAGGUAAUUGUGUACUACAGAGGGGUGAAGGUGUCUGAGCAGCUGGUUGAGAAUGAAUCAGGGGUCCGCAUAGUCUACAGGCCUGAACUCAGGGGGCCAGUUUUGGAUCAGGAGUCAGGCCUGUCCCUGAUCUCCCUGCCAACACCAGGAGACAUGCAUGAUAAAACCCAGGCCAAUCUGACCCAUCGCAUCCUGGACAGGCUGGACGGUUUGGAUGUCGGGGUCUCGGGCCACGUGGUGUACGGCCAGCGACACGGUGACAGCAAAGUUUUUUGGAGCAUGUCCAAGUUCGAUCAGAGCAAACAACCUCAAGAAGUCUCUAAACUACAGCCACAAACCCUUUUCUUGUUCAGAGAGUUUAUACAAGGGGUAUUGGAUUUUAUCAGUGGAAAAGAUAGCCCCCCCUGCUCGCUGUUCUUCUGUCUCGGGGAGAAGUGGCCUGACCCAGACAACAGGCCUUGGGUGAAGAAGCUCAUCACAGUGGAGGUGAAAGAGGCUCUAUAUUAUUACAUUGCAAAGGCAGUUUUGUGUGGUUCUGACUUCUAUGGAGUUGUUGAAGAACCUUGCUGUGGCGAACGGCGCCUCCUCCCUGCAGUCUGUAGACCUGCAGAUGUCCCUCGAAGAGAUGAUGGAGAUGUGCUGAUGCACAACAUUCUCCCUCAAGAAAGUCUUCUUGUUGGAUCAGUACUGACUUAUACUUUCUUUUUGCUUUUGACAUUUCAGAAAAUACAAUGUUUACAUGUUUUAUGAACUUAUUAUAAAAUUCUCGUCUAAUAUGUCAGAGCAUGUUUAAUAAUAUUACUUGUACUGGUACUAGAUUUUCAGCUACUGCCAUAAGAACACAGAAAAACACAGCCAUUAACACAUAAUGCUGGAGGGUUUUUCUGGAUCAAUUUUUAAAAUCAGAAUAAAAUUUUUAUUUUUAAUAUAUAGCUUGAUAACAUGUUUUUACAUCAGUGAUUAUCAAGACCUGUGUUGCCCAUUUAAAGAAAAAAAAAUCUUAUUCUGCAUUGAGUCAAUAUAAAGAAUUAAUUUGAACUUAAAUAUAUGCCUUUAUACCAAAUGUCCUUAUAAUAUCAUAUGGUUUGCAAAACAAGGUCAUCCAGACACUUGAUUUUUUGUUUACAAUGACUAUGCAAAUGCCUUAAAAUGAAUGUACUGUUGUAGCUGGUAUCCCAUCUGCAGAACCUGGAAACUGUGUGCACAUCAGAAUUAACAAACAAAGAAGAUAUGAAAUAAAGGCUAAAAUCAAACUACAGUACAAAAAUGUUUAUGAUUGGACUCUGCACCAAAUUUCUGGAAUUAGAUUGUUUUGUUAUGUCACAGCCAGUGUUUACAUCAACUUGUCUAAUUUAGGUGUGCAACUGUACAUUAAAGUAUAAUGUAAGUUAGAUGGAAACAUCCUUGGAAGGAAUGAAACAUAACACUGAGUUAAGAUCAUCACAGGUAGUAAGAUGAAAACUUUAUUUCAACAGUUCAUAACAGAUGACAACAUUAUUCUGAGGAGUCACUAUAAAUUUAAUAUUGUGUUUUUAAAACCAUGUUUGCUGCUGAGUGUUAGAUUCUGAAUCCAAAAUAAGGG